AUGGAUGCUCCAAAGACAUUCAAACAAGCUAUUUUCAAGGAGGCGGGUGCUCCUUUGGUUCUGGAGGAGGUGCCCUUAACACCUCCAGAAAAAGGAGAGGUUCUAGUUAAAGUCCAGGCUUGUGGAGUGUGUCGUUCGGAUUUUUACGUACAGCACAAUGCUGUAGGCAGCCUCCCAAGGGUUCCCGGACAUGAGAUUAUCGGGCACGUAGCUGCAGUUGGUGAAGGAGUGACACAGUGGAAGGUCGGUGAUCGAAUUGGAGGGGCGUGGCACGGAGGUCAUGACGGUACUUGCAAGCCAUGCAAGAAAGGCUACUUCCAGAUGUGUGAUAAUGCAUUAGUCAAUGGCGUAAACAAGGGAGGCGGCUAUGCCGAAUACUGCAAGCUACGUGCCGAAGCUGGUGUGCGUAUCCCAGCUGAUAUCGAUGCAGCAAAAUAUGCCCCUAUCUUAUGCGCCGGUGUGACCGUAUUCAACUCGAUGCGCCACAUGAACAUGAUGCCUGGUUCAACAGUCGCUGUCCAGGGCCUAGGUGGCCUAGGGCAUCUGGCAAUUCAAUAUGCAAACAAGUUCGGAUACCGCGUCGUUGCCUUGUCUAGGGGCUCCGAGAAGGAAAAGUUCGCAAGAGAUCUAGGAGCUCAUGAAUAUCUCGACGCCAGCAAGGGUGAUAUUGGAGAGCAAUUGCAAAAUCUUGGAGGUGCAUCAAUGAUCGUUUCGACGGCCCCGAGUAAAGACGCCGUGGAACCACUCCUAAAAGGGUUGGGAAUGCUGGGAAAACUGUUGAUUCUGUCUGUCCCUGGAGAUAUCACAAUAAAUACCGGCCUCAUGAAUAAAGCGGUUGACUUGCUCGCUUCGCAGGUUCGUCAAGGAUUGUCAGUUCAGUGUUGGCCCAGCGGCCAUGCCACAGACUCCGAGGAGGCAAUUGAAUUCACCAAGCUGGAAAACAUCAACUGCAUGGUGGAAACUUUCCCAUUAGAAAAAGUUAACGAUGCAUAUGAUGCGAUGGUCAAGGGAAGCGAACCUAUCAUGGGUACUCCGUAG